GCAAGUCCCGCCAAACAGACAGGAGCAAGGAUCUGACAAUACAGACAGACAGGAAAGUCUCCAUUUCUGCUUUUGGGAAGUAUCCCAACCACGGAAGGAGAAAGUCCCCAGAAAGCAGAAAGUGUCAGCUGCGCGUGCAAGUCACCCAGAAAGGAGAGAGAGAGAAAAGAGGGGAAGAAAAAUCAGACCCCCAGUAACCAGUAAGGAAGCAGCACAGCCAGGUCACUGCAAGGGGCAAAGUGAUUCCUUCAGAGGAGACAAUCCCCGUAUAGAGAGGCUGUGUACUCAGGUCACCAGUGAGAAACGGGUUAGAGAGACCCCCAUUAUACAGAGAGAGAUACUCAUAUAAGCCUGGAGCUCACAAAGCUGUCACCAAAGAAUCCCAGCACAAGACAAACCAGAAAGCAGUGGGGGAUUCUCCUUCGCCUAAUGAAGGUUUAGUUUGUGACCCAUACACAGCACUGCAUUGUAUAUCUGACUUUGGCAUCCAUCACCCGAUUCUGCCCAAAUCGCUGGCACUCUAUCAAUGGUCACUGUGACAGACUGCGACUCUGGUGCCUUCUGAGGGCUGUUCUAGUUGUUUGUGCCCAACUUUGGGAAGAUUUUCUUAGGCUUCAUUUGACUCCCAGUAGCUUAUAUGAGUGCAGCCUUUCAGCCCCCUCUCAUGAUGAUGCAGCGUCCCCUGGGCAGCAGUACAGCCUUUAGUAUAGACUCACUGAUAGGGAACCCACCACAGCCCAGCCCUGGACAUUUUGUAUACACUGGAUACCCCAUGUUCAUGCCUUACCGGCCUGUGGUCUUGCCCCCUCCACCACCCCCUCCUCCAUCUCUGUCUCAAGCCACUCUGCAGUCAACUCUCUCUUCAGCGCACCACCACCACCCGAUUCCUAGCUUGCCCGGUGGAUUCUGUUCUAGCCUUGCCCAGGGCAUGGCACUCACCUCUACUCUCAUGGCUACUCUGCCAGGGGGAUUCUCAGCCUCCACCCAGCACCAGGAGGCAGCCAGAAAGUUUGGAGCCCAAAGUCUCCAUGGGGCCUUUGAAAAAAGUGAUGGGAGUCAGUCAGACGGAGAAGAAGGAAACAAGACCCACAUAACCAAAGAGGGCACCUUGCUGCCUUUCUCUGCUUCUGAAGCUUCUCUAGGUCCAGUCCGUGGGCAGGGGAAAGAGGAGUCUGGGAAGGAAGCAGAAGGAAAGGGCAAGGAGGAUUCCUACCUGAUGGACAGUGACCUGGACUACAGUUCAGAUGACAAUAUCUCCUGCCAAACUGCCCACAAAGAGGAGGACACCCCAGAGGAAAGCCCCCAAAACUCAAACCCUUCUAAUAACAGCAACACCAGCUCCACAGGCAAGAACCGGCGGAGGAGAACUGCCUUCACCAGUGAACAACUGCUGGAACUAGAGAAAGAGUUCCACUGCAAGAAGUACCUGUCCCUGACAGAGAGAUCCCAGAUUGCACAUGUGCUCAAACUCAGCGAGGUCCAGGUCAAAAUAUGGUUCCAGAACCGCAGAGCCAAGUGGAAGAGGGUCAAGGCUGGCAAUACGAACUCCAAAACUGGGGAGCCCUCUAGAAACCCCAAAAUUGUUGUGCCUAUCCCAGUCCAUGUCAAUAGGUUUGCCAUACGGAGCCAACACCAGCAGCUGGAGCAAGCAAGACCUUGAAAUGUUCAAUGAACAACAGCAGAGAAAUCCAUUCUGUGACCCUCAAUUUGUUCAACAACUAUCUCUCAGAAUCCCUUGACAGAUUAGAUCGGUUGUAAAAUUCUGUAGCUUCACAAUGACAAGAUCAAGAGUUGGGCAUCCCUGGACUACACAACAAUGAAAAGACUGAACCAGUUACCUUCAAGACUUUCAAGAUACUGUUUAUUAUUCUAAAUAGGGGUACCGUAACUUCUGCACUUGGGAGGCUAAAUGUUAAUUCCUCUUGGGCUUUAAAUGUAUGUAUAGAUAAAUUAAAAGUGGCCACUUUUUUUAUAGGUGGUGAGCUAAACUUCUCCAAGUAUCAUUAUAGUAUUCUCCUGUUCUGGACUUGAUAUGGACAGAAGUAUAGUGCGAGCUCUGGAACUGGACCAGGGGCCAUGUUUCCUCAUCCCGGCAUCUUCUCCAGCUUCUGUUAUUUUGAGGCAAAAGCCCCUAAUUUGAACAACAGACUUUUUUUUUAAAUAUUCCAAGAGUUUCAGAUUAUUUUGUGGUUAAUUUAUUCUGUUUCUUAUUCUUAUAAAAUUUAAAAUGUGAAAAAACAUUCAGUCUUGUAAAAAAUAAAUCAUGUCUCUAAAAAAUA